UAAAAAAUGAUUUAUUGAUUAAAUGUAUCAUACACAGUAAUUCAAAAUAAACAUGCACAAUUGUUUAAACAGAUGUUGCCAUGUUUAUCAUGUUCAAAUGAGGAUCGAACGGAAUUCAGAUUUCUUAACGUUGAAGAGAACAUGACAUUUGACAUAAGUUUUUAUGAUUGACUCGAUUUACCUGAUAAUGCUAUCUCCGGAAUUACAAGGUCGUAUAAUCAGUCAUGAGGGUUUGGAAAAAAUAUAAACUAUAUGGCCUCUCAUUAGCAUGCUGUAUCAUUGUUGUGGAAUUCUUUAUUUUAAAAUCAAAAAGGGUGUUGUCAAAGAAAUAAUGUAUAUGGGUUAUCAAUAUCAUGGACAUGAAUUGUCAACUAAUGAAGACAAACAUCAGGAAAUCAAAUGGAAAACAGUCAGGAAGGAUUACACUUCAAUACAAGAGAGUUAUUGAAAAUACCAGGACAACAGACUAACUGGAGACAACACGCACAGAUGUUUAAAACUAGACCAACAUUACCAAGAUAUCUAACAAUAGGAAUUCCCACCGUGCGAAGACAAAAGACCAGUUAUUUUUUCGAAACCGUAGAUUCACUUCUCAACUGUACAACUGAUGCUAAGCUGUCAGACAUUGUUAUUGUAAUUUUCUUGGCAGACUUUAACAAUACAUGGAAGCAGGAAAUGGCAACUAAGAUACGAAAUAAAUACGAAAAUCUUUUAAAUAAUGGUAUUAUGCAUGUCAUAGAAGCACAAAAAGAUUUUUAUCCUAAAUUAGAUAAUCUAGAACACACUUUUAACGAUAGCGAGGAAAGAACAAAAUGGCGAUCAAAACAAAAUGUUGAUUAUGCAUUUUUAUGGCUCUAUAGUGCAGACCUUUCGAAAUUUUAUAUGCAAAUAGAAGACGACGUAUUCACAAUAUCAGGUUACUUAGAUGUCAUUAAGAAAUUUAUAGCAGAACAAAAGAACGAUUGGACAUGUUUAGAAUUUUCAACAAUGGGAUUUAUCGGAAAAGUAUUCCAUUCUAAAGAAUUAGAAAAGCUAGCAAAAACUAUUUUAAUGUUUUAUGAUAAACAACCCGUUGAUUUUUUGUUUAUGUAUUUUAACCAUUUAAAUCUUCAAGGAGAGCGUAUAAUUCGUCGACCAACAAUUUUCCGCCACGUGGGAUAUCAUUCUUCUCUUCCUGGAAAAACUAUGAAUGCAGCUGACAAAUAUUUUGAUAAUUUUGAAAAAUCAAUAAAGGGUGAUAACCCGACUGCUAAGUUGUUUACCACGUUAAAGGUGUCACCAGACUUCCCGUUAGACUUAGCUUAUUCGGCAGACUAUGGAUACUUCUGGUCUCAGUCAGCACCACAAGUAAAUGAUUCAGUACAUAUACUAUUCGAUGAGCCACAAAGUAUUACAAAAGUGAUAGUUGUAACCGGAUCUAGAGAACACCCGAAUGAUAAAUUAGAGCAUGCACGAUUAGAAGCAUGUCUUAGUGUUCAAAUAUUAAGAACAAACAGUAUAAAAUGUUAUAAUACAUUGACGUUAGGUUCGUUCAAGAACGGCAGUAUAAAGGUUGACCACAUGAACAGUUUAACAAAUUUUAAAAUAGCCUGUUUAAAAAUAGUAGUUACCAAAGAACAAUCAUGGUGGCUGAUUAUUAAAGAGAUUGGUAUUUUCUUACAUUAAAAUCUAUACUUAAGGAAUGAAAUUGAAUCAAAUUGAAUGUUAAGAUUCUCAGGAAAAAGCAUCUUAUUUAAAGAACACAAUCAGUAUUAUCAGGAAAAUUUCCUGAAUGAAAGUAGAGUCGAAACGAUCCAGAUACGUAUAUUUGUCUCAAUAUUAUACACACACUGAAUUACGAUUCAUUAGUAAAUGAUUUGUAUACCAAAUGCUUUUGCAUUUCUGUGAGAAGUUAAUGUUAUCUAUUGAGUAGCUCUUUCGUUUUGUUUUACCAUCGACAAAACAUGAAAAAAAAAAUAUUUAGAGUUAUCUUUCUUUUAAUACCACAUGUGAAAUAAAACCUGUGUUAGUCAAAUAUGUCAUUCUAAUGGUUGA